AUGGAGAUGAUGCCUAUGAUGAUGGAGCUGGACGAGCUUCCUGAAUCAUUUCCUCUUCCUUUCCAAGAUCUUUCUGAUUCACCCCUCGUGGAAUUUUCCAGCGAAAGCUCCACCAGCAACCACCCUACACUACCACUGCCACCUGUGAUCUACCGCCACCCAGUACCCCCUGUUAUUAAUAUGCCAUCACCACAAAUCAGGACGUUACACGACUUCCCACGAGGGGGCUGGUUUCAGCAGAAGCCAGACACGGUGGAGGCGAUGAGGGAGAUGAUAUUCCGGAUGGCAGCGUUGCAGCCGGUACAGAUAGACCCGGAGUCCGUUAAACCACCAAAACGACGGAACGUGAAGAUAUCCAAGGACCCACAGAGCGUGGCGGCGAGGCACCGGAGAGAGAGGAUCAGCGAGAGGAUCAGGAUACUGCAGAGAUUAGUUCCCGGAGGUACUAAGAUGGACACUGCGUCCAUGUUGGAUGAGGCUGCUCAUUACAUGAAAUUCUUGAAAAAGCAAGUGCAAUCAUUAGAACAAGCUGCAGCAGCCGGUGGUGGCGGUGGCGAUUUGCCAACAAAAACACCACCACCACCGGGAGUCAAUGCUGUUGGGUGCCGCACCACCGGCACUAACCACCAUGCUAUUAGUAAUAAUUUGAUUAGAGCUUGUGGAACUGAUCAAGCUUCUCCUAUGAUAGGUUCUAUGGAGUUGCUUAGGUGA